AUGUCGCUAUUAAAUUCAUCUUGGCCAACUCGCAGGAACACUGGAUACUUCUGUUCUUACGGUCUCAGGAAUCGACGGUACUCAAAGGAGACUGUAUCAUACAUACCUGUUCUUGAAAUCCUCCCGCAAUGGAGUCAAGUUGGCCUUCCUUGCAAUUUCACACCGAGGUUGCUCGCCCAGCCCGAUUCUGUCGGAGAAACGCUCGAGAUAAUCCACUCUUUGCUGAAGGUGGGCCCUACGCUGAGACUCGUGGCUAUAUCUCAAUCUUCGCUCCAGGCGUUGGCAUUCUUACACCAGAACAACAUUGUCCACAGAGUACCCCAGCUUCCUCUUCUCAGGACUCCACACUUAUUUCUCGUUGAUCAGGAUCUCAAGCUCGAGAACACACUAGUCAACCAUUUCUCGGAUGACGAUCUCAUUGACAUGGAUACUGAGCGUCGGGCCAUAGGACGGAAUGGUCGCCUCACCUAUGCUCUAUUUGACUUCGACAUCGCAAUCAUAUUCCCAUCCGACGCGGAUAUAGCCGCCUGUCGGCUUCCCUAUAAUCUUUCUUGGGACGGUGCUGACUCCCAGCCACACGACACAGCUCAGGGCGACUUCGACUAUGACUUCUUUGCUUGCAAAGUUGGAUGUCUUGGAACGCUUUUCUGUGAUGAGUACGAGGUAAGAGGUUCGGUCGCGUUGACGGAGGGUCAGUGA